AUGUUGAAGGUCUUAUUGGCCUUUAGCUUGGCCUUGAUUGCCGUCAGUGCCGGCGAUGUGGUUACGUUGACCGAAUCCAACUUUGACGAUAUCAGCAAAUACGAGGUAGCCUUGGUCAAAUUCUACGCCCCAUGGUGAGUUGGUUAUUUUAUGUUUUUGUUGUGUUAGGAGUAGAAAUGCUACGAUAUGUAUGUGUUGGAAAAGUCAUAAAACGACUGUACAAGCAGCUCAAUCUUAGGGCAUUGAAUAUUGCUUUAAUUUUUAUCUAAAAUUAUUGUGUAGCCUUAAGUUUAGUAUUGUUUUGUUGGGAUUUACGUUUUUAACGUUUAAAAGGGAACAAUAUUAUGUUUUAAAUUAAUUUCUACAUUAUAUGCCUUUUCAACUUUUUUAAUCACUUUGUGAAAGAUGCCUGGGAAAGCAAAGCUAAUUCCGUGUAUAAAGACAGCUAAAAGCACGUUUAAUGAAUUUUAAUGAGUUUGUAUACAAUUAAUCAAAAUUUUUUGUAUUUGGUUGUCUUCGUAUAGCAAUGUAAAUGGUUGAACUUACAAGUGUAGACACGUUGCAAAAUAUUUAUUUUUAGUAUAUUUAGGUAUAAAUUUAGGUAACACUUAAUGACAUAAAUUGUUUUUAAGGUUAAAGCAAGUUUAAUUAGAGAUUAUUCAUAGUUUAAUGAACAUCUUCUCUACAAUAUUUUUACGAGACGUUUAAGAAAUACAGGUUAAAUAACAUUAUCACUAUAACUGUAAGGUAUUUGUUGUUGUGUUUAUGAAAAGCAGGAAUUGGUUCAUGUCUAAUAUAGAGUUGGUAUUUUAAAAUUUUGUUAUUUUGUAAAGUUAUGGACAAAUUUUACAAAGCCUUUUGGCUAAACUACUUUAGAAGUAAUAGUCUUUGUUUUAUAUACAGUUAGUUGUCUGUCGCGACAUAAUUUUUUGUCAUAUUUUGUAAAAAUUUGCAUAUUGGCAAAUUUUUUGGUUUGCUGUGUUAAUUUUACAUGCUUAAUUAUUAAAAUAGGUAUUCUUGUUGCCAUUACAUUAAUGUUUAUACAAAAUCAGAAAAUUUUCUCGAUUUUUUACCUAUUUUUGCUUUUUUCAAAAUCUUUAUUUCUUUGAGGAUAACGUUAAGGUUGAAUUUUAAAUGACAUGCAUUCCUACCAUGAUUUGGUAAAAUUUUUAUUUUUUUCAAUUUUUAAGACAUUUAUUUGACGUUUAAAACCUUUUUUUAAACUUAUUUGAUCAUUUUUCAAGUUUCUGUAUUUUAGUAGUAUUUUUAAAGUUAUGGUUAAAAAGUUGUCAUUAACUUGGUAAAAACACGAUAAAGUUAAUUUUUUGAAUGAAAAAUACCCUUAGAUUGGUUUAAUUUUAUUUUUUAUUCUCAUUAUAUUAAAGAUAAAAUGAAUUCAGCUGUUUGAAUCUUGAUCACACAGCUGAAUUCAUGUUUUUCUAAUCUUAUGCUUUAUAUAGUCUUUAAAACAUUUUUUGGUAGUGUGCUUUUGUCGUAUCAAAUGUCAUACUUUUUUAUAAAACUAAAACUUUAGUAUUCGAACUAUAACUUUUUAACGUAAAUAUUAGUUUUGUCUUUUUUACAUUUUUUAAUUAUGUUUUGACUUUGUUAAAAUCAUUUAAAGAUCUUUCAUUGAAAAAGUUGUUGAGUUCAAAGGUUUUUAGGCGUUAAAUAUUUGUUUUACGUUGUUAAAUUAGCAUAAGUUGACCAUAUAGAAGUAUUAGUGACUGAACUUACAAUUAGAUUAUUUUUUAAAAUUAGGACACAUUGAAAAAGCGUAUUGGUACUUAUAAAACUUUUAACAUUAGUUUUUAUAUUUGCAUAGUGUUCUGCUUGUUUGAAGCUUUCUUUGAAGAUAAAUUUAAUUGUUGGUCAACAUAUAGACUGAACAUAUUGACUUACUCUUCAACAUCAAAGCUUAUUUAAUAUUACAUUUAAAUUAACUUUAUAAUUUUAAGGUGCGGUCAUUGUAAACGACUUGCUCCUGAAUUCGAGAAAGCUGCCACGAAACUGAAGUCCAACGAUCCUCCAAUCACCUUGAUUGAUGUUGACUGUGACUCCGAGAAGGACUUGUGCCAACGCUUCAGUGUCCAAGGAUACCCAACCUUGAAGGUGUUCAGAAAUGGUGCUCUUUCCCAAGAAUACGAUGGUCCAAGAGACGCUGAUGGUAUCGCCAAGUACAUGAGAGGACAAGCUGGACCUUCCUCAAAGGAACUCACCUCAUUGGAAGAGUUCGAGAAGUUUGUCAACGCCGAGGACCAAGGAGUUGUUGGAUUCUUCGAAAGCGAAUCUAAACUGAAGGAUUCCUUCCACAAGGUUGCCGACACCGAACGUGACCGCUUCCGUUUCGCUCACACCAGCAACCCAGAAGUCUUGAAGAAGGCCGGUUUCACUGAUGACAUCGUUGUCUACGUGCCAAAGAAGUUCCAAAACAAAUUCGACCCAACUGAAUUCAAGUACGAUGGCAAUUACGAUACUGACAAGAUCAAGCACUUCUUGGUUCACGAGACUACUGGUUUGGCUGGCAUCAGAACUCCAUCCAACGAAUAUCAAUUCCAGAAGUUGCCUUUGGUCACUGUCUUGUACAACCUUGACUACGUUAAGGACCCUAAGGGUAGGUUAAUUAUUUGGUUGAUGAUAAAUUUUAAUCAUCGUGAAUAACUUUUGAAACUUAGUGAAUUCUAAUAACUUUUAUUUUUAGGAUCAAACUACUGGCGCAACCGUGUCUUGAAGGUAGCCACUGACUAUAAGAGAAAGGUGUACUUCGCCGUAAGCAACAAGGAGGACUACGCCAAUGAUAUUGAGAAGUUCGGUCUCGGUGACAGAAAGGAAUCCGACAAGCCUUUGGUCACCAUGCUCACCAAGGAUGGUCGCUUUGGUUUGAACGCUGAAUUCAGUGUUGAUAACCUUCGUCAGUUCGUCGAAGACGUCCUCAACGACAAGCUCGAGCCUUUCGUCAAGUCUGAGCCAGUUCCAACUGAACAAGGUGACGUCAAGGUUGCUGUAGCCAAGAACUUCAAGGCUCUGAUUGCUGAUGCCGACAAGGAUGCUCUCAUCGAGUUCUACGCUCCAUGGUGUGGCCAUUGCAAGUCCUUGGCUCCUAAGUAUGAGGAAUUGGCUGCCAAGUUGAGCGAUGAAGAUGUUAUUAUCGCCAAGAUGGACGCUACUGCCAACGACGUUCCACCAGGAUACGAUGUCAAGGGGUAAGGAGAUGACAUCCUUGACUUAAUACUUAUUGUUUUAGAUUCCCAACAUUGUUCUGGCUGCCAAAGGACACUAAAGUCCCCAUCCCGUACAACAAUGGACGUGAAGUCAAGGACUUUGUCAAAUUCAUUGCUGCCCACUCAACCGACGGUCUCAAAGGGUACAACAAGGACGGCAAGAAGAAGAAGAAGACUGAACUUUAA